AUGGCCGAUGCUGCGUCGCAGGACUUCAUGGGCCGCGUGAUCGGUGCUGCCUCCCAGGGUGCCGUGGGCGCUGUUGUUGCCGCGUCCCUGAGCGCGGUGACAGAGCCUUUGGUGAACAACAUGUUGGUGAACCGAGCGACGCUCGGUCAGGCCAUCAAGGAGCUGGCCACCAACAUCAUCAUGCAGGGUGUGGACCUUCCCCCAACUGCCCGGGGAGCUGCGUUGGGAUCGGUCUUCUGCACGAUCACUCUGCCCAUCACAAACUAUCGCUUCAGAAAGUCGAUGAACAUGCCAGUGACGGCGUCCAACCUCUACCAGGCAUACCCGCCAACGGUUCUUCGGGACAUCAUCUAUGGCAUCGCGCGCAACAAGGUCUCUGCCUUCCUGAUCUCUCUGAACCCCGCGUUCGCGAACUCUACGAUGGGCCGCGUAGUCAACAUGUUCACCACCGUCGUCGCAGCCUGCGUGCUGUCGGCUCCCGGGAAUGAGCUGCGGGGCUACUGCCUGCAGCCUGCGGAGCGUAAGCAGUCCUUCUCCGACUUCUUCCAGCCCAUCAAGUUCAUCCGCAGCACCUCCGUUGGUGCUGUGAUUAUGGGCAUCAGCCUGGCCAUCGGCAGCCUGGCAACCCCACAGGUGGAGAGGUUGGUGUCCAAGCUGCGGGAGUACCUGCAGAAGAACCCUGUGAGCUACAUCCUCCUCAUCCUCUUCUUCCUGCAGCAGAUCCUCCAGAUGCGUCGGCAGGCAGAGCUC